CAAACAAUUUUAUUUUGACGUGUAUUCCUAUUAUUUUUGGAUAUCGAUAGUAAAAAAAAUCGCUCCAGGAUAUUCUGUCGUCCAGCUGCUAGUUUUUUCUUCGUCUCAAUCUGUGAAAAUUAAUUUUAGAUUAUCUUCUCAGCAAGCAAUUCAUUCUUGAAUAAUUGAACUAGUGAUAAUCUGAAACUGUGACAUUCCAGAACAUAAUCAUGAGCUGUUAGGACGUAACAGUACUCACUGCAUUACCUAUCUAUUGAAAUUUUCGAGGAACGAUUGCAUAUUUCAAUAAAUCAAGAACUGAAAUAAAAAAGUAUGUGGGAAUUCAUCUGAUGGAGCCAAUGACAUAACAAACAAAUCUGAUAGAGUGAGUCAGUCGACCCACAAACGACCGUCACUUGGAAUUUCUUAGUACCAGGCAGCUUGAUAACAUAACAUAUAAGCAGCUUCCAUUGAAAGAGUUAUGCUACGAAGAUGUACCGUAAUCAGUAAUCCGGUAUUGCAGUGCACAACAAGCACACCGGUUCGUCGCAAGAGAAACUGAUAAGACAGAACCCAAACAGUAAUAAAAUUUCAAGCACGCAGCACUUCGGCAUUCUUAUCGCUGCUCAGUCUGUAGCUGCAAGUGAAGUUGGUUGGUUGGUUUAAAAUUAGUGAAACGUUAGAAUCAAUCAUGUCGAUGCUACCCGAAAUAGAACCAGUAGAUUACGAAACCGGAACUGAUGCCAACGGUGCCAUUGUUCAGAUAGACUCUGGGAGUGAGACGGAAUCUUUGGAAACGAAAUUAAACUGCAAUUCGGAUGAACUUUUCCUGUUUGAUACGUUGAUUGAAUUGUGUAGGAACAAUAUAAAAUAUUUUGUAGAUGAUGAAACAGAGAGUGGACUGCGAAUCCAUGGCGCCUUCGUAGGAAUGAUUGAUCAUAUUGAGACUGCUAAGCCGUUAGUGAAGGAAAUUAAAGGUUUUGUUCAGGAAUACGACUUUGAUCUGACCUGCCCGGGCAAUGGCUUUAGAAGUUUUCUGUACGUAAUGAAUAACUGUGUUAAAACUACUUUGAAGCUCGCAAGGUAUGUGAUGGAAAACAGAGGUAGCAUGCUGUUCAGGAAGACUGUCUAUGUGAAGGAAGUAGAAGCGUACAACCAUUUGAUGGCUAGUCUUUGCACGUGCCUUAAGCACUGCCGCACGCUUCGUCAGUGGAGUAAAUCUGGAGAGCUUUUUCCUAUAUCACAUUCGGUUGAAGAACUACUUGGUAGAGCGGAAGCCAUCAAUCAGUUUUGUUUUUACGGGCGCUGUCUUGGUUUUCAAUUUUGUGAGUCUAUGAGACCGUUGUUGAAAUUCAUUUCCAUUGGAAUGGCCGGCUUUUCGGAGGGUUAUUAUUCUGAAGGGGGCAAAAUAUCGAAAGCCACUAGCCUGAUGUACACCAGCACAAAAUAUAUGCUGGAUCCGGAACUAAGAGCGCGUCGAAUUGUUAACAUUUCUCAGCACUCAAAUGUGGAGUUUUGCAAAGCAUUUUGGUUCCUGGCUGAAUCCGAAUUGAUGCAUUCGCUGCCGUCCUUUGUUGGGUUCAAAGUAAAAGUAAGCCGAGCCGUCACCAUCCCUCCAGAACCGAUCGCCCUGAAGGCGGAAAAAUCGAAUGAAAUUAUCGACAUUCCAAUACCGAAAAGCUAUAGCGGAGCCGGUCCCAUUAAAGUUCGCCUUAUCAGCGCCGUCAAACGCAAGGGAAUGAUAGGACAGAAAGUUAACCCUCGUAGUACAAUCCAUCCACCAUCUUCGGGGCUGCUGUUUCACUGUCAUGGCGGAGGAUUCGUUGCACAAAGUUCGAAGUCACACGAGAGCUACCUGCGCGAAUGGGCUGUCGCGCUGAAUAUUCCGAUUCUUUCGAUUGAUUACAGUCUCGCUCCGGAAGCACCUUACCCACGAGCUCUCGAAGAAGUUUUCUACGCAUACUGCUGGGCUUUGAAAAACUACGAACUACUGGGCACGACUGGAGAGAAAAUCAUACUUGCAGGCGACUCCGCUGGUGCCAACUUGAAUCUAGGUUGUGUUAUGCGCUGUAUCGAAAUGGGUGUUCGACUCCCGGACGGGAUAUUCCUGGCGUAUUGUCCAGUUCUGAUCAGUUUCGUUCCUAGCCCUGCCCGAAUGCUUUGCUUGAUGGAUCCACUGCUACCAUUUGGGUUUUUGAUGCGUUGCUUAAAGGCCUACGCCUGUCCGAGCAAGGAAGUGCUGGAGCACAAUCAACGACGGCUGAAGGAGCGGGAAGCUAUUGUUAAUGCCGGAAACUCUACCAACAAUUCGACAUCUUCAUACGUGAUGGUUCAGAAGGUGCUUGAAUCCGAUGGUAAAACCGGUAGGAUUGGCGAUGAUAAUAAAUCGGACAAUUCAGAAUCUCCGGAGAACUCUGCCUGGGAUCAGCUUAACAGUAUUGGUACUGUACAGGUAAACAAUCAACACCUAAGCCCGGUCAGUGACACCAUCAGCGACACACUGGCACUAAAAAGUCAAACCGUCGGAAACACUAUCGAUUUGAUGAGUCCGGACGAAAGUAAUACGAUUACUUCGCUGGAGGAAGAUUCUCAACCGAUCACACUGCAGCAAGUCAAUCUCGGAACCGAAAGGAGCAACGUUACGGUGAUAGAUGAUCUCGAUAUGGACUUACCCAGUGAUAUGAGCUCGGAACAGAACACGAACAAAAAUGUGUCCGAUUUUAUCGAAAGCUCUUCUUCUUUCAACAGGUAUGUGUUGGACACAACCACGAACGCUGCUGGUGAAAUGGAACCAAUACUGCGACCGAUCUCACGUUCGGCUUCAGAAGAAAACGUCGUGUUGGACAUUGGCAAGGAAACACUCAGCGUUCAAAAUCUGCAAGAAAAAGUUUCAAAUGUGGCCAGUAAUCUUGUGAACCGCGUGUCGUCCACGUUCAAUGCCAUCACCACUUCGAAUCCGAUCGCCAGCAGUAGCUCGCAGUCCGAUUUUCAGAGUAACUUGGACGCCUUGAUUGCACGUAGCCCGUCGGAUGAGUUCAUAUUCGAUGUGCCCAAAGAUCCUCAUCUGUCGCCUUACUGGGCAACGGAUGAGGUACUACGUCAAUUCCCACCAACGAAGAUACUUACAGUAGUGUUGGAUCCAUGUUUGGACGAUUGUGUGACGUUUGCGAAAAGACUGAAGAAACUCAACAAUCCGGUUACGCUGGAUAUCCUGCCGGGGCUUCCGCAUGGCUUCCUUAAUUUCGCUACGAUCUCCAAGGAAGCUCACGAGGGUUCAAAAGCGUGCAUUCGUCGCAUAGCAGAACUGUUGGAUCAGGCCGAUCUUCCAAUUGAUGAGAAAGCCCCAGCUGACUGCUGUUAGCGGUUCGGGCACUGCCUCGACGGAUCAAAAGUAUUGUUUCGCAAAGGUAGUGAACACGUUGCCAGGGUCUAGUCGGCAGGCCGCUCGGACAUAAUUAUUCUCAUUAUAUAUGCUAUUGUGCAAAAACAAAAUUAUUAACAGAGGCUAUGCUCUUUUUUUGGCCGCUACUGCGCCCUCAAGGGGAAAAGUAACAGUACUACUAACAUGACGUUAAGUAAUCGCUUUUUCAUUAGUGUGUCAACCGUACCCAUGAUGGCACAGAACCUUACACCACUUGCCUUAUCCAUCACAAGCAGAAAAUAAUGUUCUAUGUCAUCAUGAGUGGCGUGCAGAACAUAGCUACGAGUAAAUUAGAUAUACCGUAUUUAAAAAAUACAUAUUUUCGCAACGUUUAUAAAACAGAUUUGAAAAAAAAACAGAUUGGAAAUUUAAUUUCCUCGAGAAAAUAUCGUUGGCCUUUGUCUAGGGUCCGAAACUGAUUCCAAACCAAAUAAAACCUAGGCAGUUGUUAUCACAGAUUGAGUAUACUAAAAUGCAAAUAUACAUAGCGCAGCUUUUUCUUACAACAAAGCAAUAACAAUAAAAUCAAGGCAACAUACAAACAAACAAUUGGAUCACGAUUCAAGUUAAACAUUUUUUGUUCCGAAGAUCAACGUUGUUCUCAAUAUUUCCAUUAUUGUGUCUCUGCUAUGCUGACAUGAUUUUUGCUCAGUCGCGAAACGAAAUCCAGCAACUAACUGUACAACCUUUCUAAGCUUUUUCAACCGUAUUGACUAGGCUAUGAGUCCAACAAAUGAAAAUAUUGAUGAAACAACGAAACUAAAUCAAAUGUACCUAAACAAAUAUUUGACAGCAAUCAGAAACACUAGAACCGAACCACUGAACUACUGAGUUGUGCUAUUUACUACUAAUACAAUAUAACUGAGGUCAGUCUUGCCAUGUGCUCAAGUUUGAUAUUAAAACUAUGUGUAAAAUUGGCUGUUAUUUAUAUCAUAGGAAUUACAUUGCGUUCAAUCCUUAUGCAUGUGUUUGGAAACCAAAGACAUAAAAAAACCUGAUUAAUGUUCCAAGAUUUAUACACGUUGUUUCGUUGUUGAAUAACAAGUUAAACAAAUAAGAAAAUUUUCUUUUACAAAAUACUUAACGUUUCACCCGAGGGAAUGCAUGAACUAUAUUUACAAGCUCAUAACUUUCAUACGGUGGCAACUAACACAGAUCACGGGGAAAGGAGUGCAACUAUAAAAUAAAGAAACAUUUCAGAUUUGAAAAAAACCAUUGGUAAAAAGCAUGAAAUAAGUUAUUCUUCAAAUGUUAAAUCAUUGUGUAAUAUAAAAAGUAAUAAAAGUAGAAA